AUGUCUGGAUCCAUAAAUCCAAGUCUCUACGUGAACUGCACGGUCGAGACGUGCCCUCUUAAUACUUCAUAUUAUAACUAUCGUGUUUCUCUUCCUGCAAAUGUGGUCUUUGUUGCUCUCUUUGGCCUUGCGCUGAUCUGGUUCAUUUCGGUAUUCAUUUAUUCCCGGCGCGGGCUCUGGUUCACGAUCGCCAUGGUGCUAGGAACAUCGUGCGAGAUUGCGGGCUAUGCCGGGCGUGUCUUCUCGUGGAAGAACCAGUGGAACCAGAAUGCCUUCCUCGUUCAGAUUAUCUGCAUCACGAUCGGUCCUGCAUUUCUUUCUGCAGGUAUCUACCUUUGCCUAGGUCGCAUUAUCAGGGUUUAUGGAGAGGCGAACUCUCGCAUUCCAGCGAAGUGGUACGCGAGAAUCUUUAUCCCAUGUGAUGUUGUAUCCCUCAUUCUUCAAGCUGCGGGCGGUGUUGUCGCGACGGUCGCGCUGCAGGAUAAUAAAUCUAUGACAACCGGGGACAAUGUUAUGAUUGCCGGCCUUGGAACGCAAGUAUUUACCUUGCUCGUUUUCCUAGUUCUUGCCGGCGAUUUUGCUUUCUCGGUCUACAAACGACAGCGCCAGAUGGCUUCCAAUGCAGUUCUUCCCCAAGACCCGACGUUGGUUCGCAUUCGUGGGUCUUGGUACUUUAAGGGGUUUAUGAGCGCCUUAGGUCUUGCCACAAUCCUGAUAUUCUGGCGUUCGGUGUAUCGUGUUGCUGAGCUUAACCAAGGUUGGACCGGUCCCAUUACAUUCAAGCAAUGGUUGUUUGUUGGAAUGGAACCUGUUUUGAUUGCUGUGGCAGUUUGGGCUUUAUGUUUCUUUCACCCAUCCCUUUGUCUGCGCGAGGCCAUGAGCACAUCUUACAAAAAUGUUGUGGGGACAAGUCAACCCACAAUAGAAACCAAUGACACAAACAGCCCUUUGAAAAAUGAAGAUGCUUCGAAGCACAAUGGGACUGAUCCCGCCGUCGCUUCUGUUAGGGGCCAACCUCAAAGGUUGGCGGCUGAAUCUGCGUCGGAGGAGAAGCUAUAG